AUGAAGAUCAAAGCCCUCAGCCGGUCGACGUCGUCGGCGCAGGCUCCCGGAUCGAAUGUCGCAAAGAUCACCCGCAACCUCGACCCCACCCAGCAUCCCUUUGAGCGCGCACGCGAGUACACGCGGGCACUCAAUGCGACCAAGAUGGAGCGCAUGUUCGCGCAGCCCUUCCUGGGAGACUUCGAGCCCGGCCACGUAGACGGCGUCUACUCGUUCGCCAAAGACCCCAACUCUCUCGAGCACUUUGCCAGUGGCAGUGGAGACGGUGUGGUGAAAGUAUGGGACUUGACGAGCAGGGAAGAGAAGUGGCAGGCCCAGGCGCACGAGAACAUGGUCAAGGGCAUGUGCUGGACGCACGACAAGCGUCUGAUCACCUGCGGCGCGGACAAGCAGAUACAGAUGUUCGAGCCCUAUGCCCAGCCCUCCAAGUCGCCGCCGAAAGCAACGUGGCACGGAAACGCAGCCUUCACAUCGGUCUCGCACCACCGCUCCAUGCCCUCUUUCGCUGCCGCCUCCAACGUCGUCUCCAUAUACGACACCGCUCGCACGUCAGGCGCUCCCGUGCAGAACCUCGUCUGGCCUUCGGCUAUCGACACCAUCAACCAUGUCACUUUCAACCAGGUCGAGACGUCCAUCUUGGCGUCCUGCGCAACAGAUCGCGCCAUCGUGCUCUACGACAUGCGCACAAGCUCUCCCCUCCACCGCACCGUUCUCAACUUCGCCUCAAACUGCAUCUCUUGGAACCCCAUGGAAGCGUACAACUUUGCCGUUGCCAACGAAGACCACAACUGCUAUAUCUUUGACAUGCGAAACAUGAAGCGAGCGUUACAAGUCUUGAAGGGGCAUGUAGCUGCCGUCAUGAGCGUUGAGUUCAGUCCAACAGGAGAAGAGCUUGUCUCCGGUUCUUACGAUCGAUCAAUUCGUCUGUGGGAACGACAGAAGGGACACUCCCGCGACAUGUACUACACCAAGCGCAUGCAGCGUGUCUUCUCUGUUGCCUGGUCUCCUGACAACAACUACGUGCUCAGUGGCUCCGACGACGGCAACGUGCGCUUAUGGCGAGCUAAAGCCUCUGCUAGACAGGGCGUCAAGUCUUUCGCUUUGCAGCAGAAGCUGCAGUACGAUGAGGCGCUGAAGGAGCGAUACAAGCACAUGCCUGAGAUCAAGCGUAUCAACAGGCACAGGCACGUUCCCAAGGCAGUCAAGAAGGCUGGCGAGAUCAAGUCGGAGGAACUCAAGGCGCUCAAGAGGAAAGAGGAGAAUGAAAGGAGACACACCAAGAAGGGCAAGGUCAGACGGAAGGCCGAGCGUGAGAAGAUGGUGCUGGCAAAAGAGCAAUAG